GCACACUGGGAGCUCUCGGUCCGGCUUGAUGCGCUGAAACUCAUGCAGGAGAUGCGCCUCCCGAAGUUGCAGCCAAGCUCCUUCGUGCAAGGCCUGACAGACGCGGCCGCCGGCUGUGCGGAGUUUCAGACGGAGGACAUGGAAGGGCACUGUGCUCCGGAACAGCUGGAGUUCCUUCGCAGCUUCGUGGCCCACCGCUUCGGCAGCCCGCAGUUUGCGGGCGGCCUGAAGAUUUGCCAAAUAGGUUUCAACGCCGGUCACAGCGCCGCGGCGCUGCUGGACCAGGCACCUGAAGACAGCGUGCUGCUGUCGCUGGACUUGUGCCGCCACGCGUACACGCGUCCGCUGGAGAAGUUCGUGGCAAAGACUGCGCAGGAGCGCGGACAGACGCACAUCCUCCUCGAGGGGGACUCAGCAGAGAUGCUUCCGAGGUUUCGCCAUAUUGAGUUCGACCUGAUGUUCAUCGAUGGGAACCAUGCUUACGAGGCGGUAAAGUUGGACAUGCUCCUUUGCCUUCAGAUGGCCCUGCCG